CCCCAGUAUGGUAGCAGAUAAAAUAAAACCCUAGCACCAUCCCGAGUCCCGCCUCACUCGCUCCGAUCCCGUCGCUCCCUAGCUGUUGUCGUUCCCCGCUGUAGCCCUUCCCUCAUUCCCUCUUUAGAUCGCCGCCAUGGCCAGCACCGAACCCGAGCGUAGAGGCGAGGAGGAGACGGAGGUCCCCGCCGGCGAGGACGAGGACACCGGCGCCCAGGUCGCCCCGAUCGUCCGGCUUGAGGAAGUCGCCGUCACCACCGGCGAGGAGGAAGAGGACGUCCUUCUCGACCUGAAGGCGAAGCUCUACCGCUUCGACAAGGAGGGGAACCAGUGGAAGGAGCGGGGCCAUGGGAGCGUCAAGCUCCUGAAGCACAAGGAGACGGGAAAGGUCCGGCUGGUCAUGAGGCAGGCCAAGACUCUCAAGAUCUGUGCCAACCAUCUAGUUCUUCCGACGACCAAGAUGCAGGAGCAUGCUGGGAAUGAUAAGUCGUGCGUGUGGCAUGCGACGGAUUUUUCUGAUGGGGAACUGAAGGAGGAGAUGUUUGCCAUUCGGUUUGCAUCUGUUGAGAACUGCAAGAAAUUCAAGGACAUGGUUGAAGAGAUUGCUGAAUCACUUGGGAAGAAUGAAGAGAAGGAGAGUAAGGAUGCCUCAGCUGCUGCUGGUCUUAUGGAAAAGUUGACUGUUAGUGAAAGCAAAUCCGAGGAAAAUCCCACAGCAGAGGUGCCUGUUGCUGCUGAUGAAAAGAAGGAAGAAAAAUCAGAGAAAGAAACAAAAGCUGAAGAACCGUCUCCUGCAGCUUAGGCCUGAGGGUGUAAUGCUAUUGAAGAGCAUAAUAUAUCAUUUUUCUCACUCUGUAGGGUUUGUGAUAUGUCUUCACGAGCUUCUUAGUUAUAUCAGAGACUGAAAAGUGGGACAAAAUGUGAUCAGAUAGAAUGGCCGAGUCAGUCUGUCUUUAGGGUUGGGUGGUCUGAAAUCUUGUCAUGCAAUUGGUUGCUCAAACUUUCAAUGUUCUUUUUAAAGGUUAGGUCUGGUGAGUGAGGGAAUGCUUGGGAUCUUGGAUAUAUCUGUUUUAAUGUUUGAUAUGAUUUUCUGAUGGUCAUCUGUAAGUUUGUCCAUUUUUUGCUUAUUGGGCUGCAUGUGUUUUGAUUCUCUAUUUUGAUAUCUGAUAUCUAAAUAGUUGAGGCUUCCGUGUGAAUGUAGUGAAAUUGUUGGAAUACUCACUUUCCAUGUUGGGUUGGAAAUAAAAUGGGGAUUUCAUUCGAGUCA